AUGGGCUGUACUUCAGAACUUUCAUAUAAAGGACAACAAUUUUUAACACAAUUAUUUGAGAAAUAUGACAGAGAUAAAGAUGGGAUGCUCAAUCCAACAGAAUUGAAGAAUGUGUUCUCUUGUUGUCCUCGUAUUCCAUGGCAUAAUUUGCGCUAUACAGUGCCUACAAAUGAAAAGGGUUAUCUGACAUUACAAGGUUGGAUGUGUCGGUGGACAUUGAUGACACUAUUAGACUUGCAAGAAACAAGUGCCUACUUAGCAUACCUGGGGUAUAAUUUUCUUGAAAAUGAUACACAAAAAUCAGCAUUUCACGUUACCAGAGAUAAAAAGGUUGAUAUUGCAAAAAAACAAUCAAGCCGAAAUGUAUACCAAUGUCACAUUAUUGGACCUAGAACUUGUGGCAAAACAUCCAUAUGUAGGAGUUUUCUAGGGAUAGCACAUAAGAAAAUAAAGCCUCAUUCACAUGAACGAGGCGAUGGUAACAGCCCAGAGAACACAUGCUGUAUUAACACAGUACAUGUAUACGGCCAAGAGAAGUACCUGAUAUUGAAAGAGAUUCCAAUAACCCGUGUGUCCGACCCCUUACAGCCCCACGAGGUCAACUGUGAUGUGGCCUGUCUUGUGUAUGAUGUAGCUGCAAGUCGUUCAUUCGAGUAUAUUGCUAGAAUAUAUAUAAAAUAUUUCGCGGAAAGUCACAUUCCUGUGUUAAUAGUAGGCACAAAAGGAGAUGCUUUGAUCAUGAGGCAGGAGUACAUUCUACAACCAGAAGUGUUCUGUAACAAAUAUCAACUAUUGGCACCACAAAUAUUCAACAUCAGAGAAAAUAAACAUGAUGUGUUUGUUAAAUUGGCGACGAUGGCUGCAUUUCCUCAAUUUCAAGCGGCUUGGGUUUUAUUCAGCAAACGCAGACAUCUGAAACACUUUGCAAGUAUGGCGGGCGAGAAUUCCUCGUGGUGGAAGGCGGGUAUCGGCGUUGCGGCGGCAACCAUUAUGGGAUUUGUGCUUAUCAAGAUGUUGAACGUUCAACGUAAAUAA